UCCCUCCACUCUUAAAAAAACAGCCUUAAUAAUACCAUCUUCCCAAUUUGGUCAGUGAAAAUCCAUAGAGAAAAGCUGUUGUUGCAGAGUGAAUAACUAAAGAUCAAGAAAAAAAAUGGCCUCAACUUCAGCUGUCUCAAUGGCUAUGCCAAUAACAUCUGCAAGCCAGAAGAAGGUUCCAAGUUCUGAGGCCUUCUUCAAGCCAUUGCCAUUGAGACAAUCCAAGGCUGUCAUGGCAUCAAAAUCCAAUGGAAAGUUUCAAGUGAAAGCUUCAUUGAAGGAGAAGGCAAUAACUGGGCUGACAGCAGCUGCACUCACUGCUUCAAUGGUGAUUCCAGAGGUUGCUGAAGCUGCUGGUUCUGGUGUUUCUCCAUCUCUCAAGAACUUCUUGCUUAGCAUUGUUGCCGGUGGUGUUGUUCUCACUGCCAUUGUUGGUGCUAUAAUUGGAGUAGCCAAUUUCGACCCUGUAAAGCGGAGCUAAAUGAUGUCUUGGAAUUCUUUUUUCCUACUUAUUUUAUGUAACUGUUUCAUGUUUUCCCAGUGAUAUAUCUUUGUGUUUUAUGUCU